CGGCUGUGCAUCGUCAUGUGCUGCGACUUCUUCCCGCUCCUGGUCGGCGUGGAGAUGCCCAUGCGAUCGCUCUCGCAGUGCCUGCUGUGCGGCGGCCACAAUGUCAUCGUGAUCACGUAUGCCGUUCCCGGACCCAAGGUCAGAGUGGCCCCGACGGCGCCGCCAACACCCCACUCAGCGCGCGGGCGGGCGUUACAUGACAAGCUGUACUACCUGCCGGUGAUGCACUUGCUGGACAUCGUGACGUACAUGACGUUCGUGGGCCACUUGGCGCUGUUCCGGGCCAUCCGCGUUAGCGAGCAGGUGCGGAUCGUGCAUGGCCACCAGGCCACGUCCACCCUCAUGCACGAGUCGCUGGACCUGGGCGUCAAGACCGUGUACACGGAUCACUCGCUCUUCGGCUUCGUGGACGCUGCCAGCGUCCUUCUCAACAAGAUCAUAAAUUUCCUCGUGUUCUCGAUGAACACGGCCAUCGGAAUCUCGCACACGUGUCGCUAG